AGUGUGAAAAGCCAUGGACGGGGAAACAGGUCAAAAGAAGAAGAAGAAGAAGAAGAAGAUGAUGACGUCACGAAUGAAAACACAAACAGCUGAUCUCGGUCACGUGACGCCGGCCGUGUUUUCCUUUGGUCAUUUGAUUAUAGGGUUACUUUUAUGACCCUGGUGGUAGUUUGACCUUUUCUUCUGUAUUAUGAACCUGAAAAAGACACUCAUGAAACCCCCAUUGACCUCCUUUUCUGCCUAAGCAAACUUUUAAUUCCUAUAUUCCUAUUUUAUCCUUUAUUUCCCUCUUUUAUCUUCUUUUCUAUCCCAUUCACUUUUUUUCUCUUUCUCUUGUCUCCUCCUCCUCUUCCUAUCUUCAGUAUCCUCCUAGUGCAUCCCAGCUAUUAUUUUCCUAUUCCUUCUUUAUCCAGGCUUGUUUUCUUUAUUUUUCUCUUCUACUUUUCAUUCAUUGCUUUUUUUCUAUAUUUCUCUUGUCUCCUCCUCCUCUUCCUAUCUUCAGUAUCCUCCUAGUGCAUCCCAGCUAUUAUUUCCCUAUUUCUUCUCUAUCCAGGCUUGUUUUCUUUAUUUUUCUCUCUACUUUUCAUUCACCGCAUUUUUUCUCUUUCUCUUGUCUCCUCCUCCUCUUCCUAUCUUCAGUAUCCUCCUAGUGAAUCCCAGCUUUUAUUUUCCUAUUCCUUCUUUAUCCAGGCUUGUUUUCCUUAUUUUUCUCUUCUUCUUUCCUUUCCCAUUCAAUUUUUUUUUCUUCCUCCUCCUCCUCUUCCUAUUUCUUAUGUGGAUGACCUUUCCCUAUGAGCCAUGCUAGGGUGAACCAUCAGGCAAAGAACCGAAAGGUCUCACCAAUUAAUGCACCAGUCUAUCCAAACUCAUCAAACAACAUAACAUAAUCCAUUAAGACAUAGGCAUUAACAUCAGCAUCUUCCUAGUGCAUCCCAAUUUUUCCUUUUCACAAUUAGCAGUCAUGUUGAGGAUUGGCCGAGAGUGUUACAAGCUGUGCAGAAGGAGAGUCUGCGUCGAUGCUGAGAAAAUGUCAGUAUUGGUGAGUGAUGGAAAUACGGUGUGUGCUCCUUCCUCUGUGCGGGGGGUUAGCCGUGCCUGCAGAACCCCCCACGCCUCACCCUGGAGGUCACGACACAGGCCCCAGGCACCGCGGCACCUCCAGAGGCUCAUCCAGAGGUCUCUUGCUUCCCUGCCUCCACUGGAAACAAGAGAAUCUCAAACACUGGUGGUUAUUUUUUCACUGCCAGAACUUAAGACUUAUUCUUUUGAUCACCAACACAAAGAAACACCCGUAGCAGAUGUGGAACAUGAGCUCCUCCACUUCCAUCCCUCAUGCAAAGCAGAGACAAGAACGUCAGUGUCUUCCAACUUUACUGUGUUAACAAACUUCAUAACCGAGGCAGAAGAGGAAGUACUCAAAAGGGAGGUGGACCCUCAUCUCACAAGACUGAAGUAUGAAUUUGAUCACUGGGAUGAUGCCAUCCACGGGUUCCGUGAGAUAGAGAGGUCAAGGUGGACCAAGCAGGCAUCCCUGAUUCUUGCCAGAGUGUGUAAAUCUGCAUUUCCUGAUUCUGGCAAAAAGCUGCCCCAAACACAUGUGCUUGACCUUGCCAAGUCUGGGGUUAUAAAACCACAUGUGGACAGUGUUAGAUUUUGUGGCAACAUAAUAUGUGGCUUGUGUCUACUGAGUGAUGCUGUCAUGAGACUAAGGCAUGUGGAGCAAAAGGAUCAAGUGGUGGAUGCACUGUUGAAAAGAAGAUCCCUCUACAUAAUGAGGGAUGAUGCACGGUACAACUACACACAUGAAGUUUUGGGAGAAGAGGAAUCCUUCUUUAAGGGUGAGCCAGUGGUAAAGGAAAGACGUGUGUCUAUUGUGAGUCGCAACGAACCUACAGAACAGUCACCUGCUGCAAGCACAACCCACUCUUAGCAUUAAUGGCAACUCUUUACGGCUACUACUUUGCACAAUUUGAUUACAUGAUUUUUGGUGUACUGUGAUGUAUAGAGAAUAAUAAUUUUGCUUGCUCUUGUUUAAAUAUUAUAGUUAGUUAUCAGGUCUGGCAAUCUGUUGUCCAUUUCUCGCAAUUACAUGGUCCAACAGGAACAUUGUAUAGUUGAUGAUAUUGAAAUUAUUAUGUAAACAAUGAACUCAACCAAUUCACGUUACACCUAACUUUUCUUGUCUCAUCAAAUUAAAGUUUACCUGUGAUAUUACAUACUGCAACAAUUAAAAAUGUUUUCUGUAUGGGUUCCGUUAAUGCUUUUUUUUUUUUAAGCGUGUCUGGAUAAAUACUACCAACUGGUGGAUAAAUUUUUAACUUGAUAAAACAAGUUUGAGACAACAUUGGCUCCAUGCACAGUUAUGAAUACCACAGUUGUUAUUUUCUG